AUGUGGACCUGGAUCUCGCCGGAUGGUAAAACAAAAAACGAAAUUGAUUUUAUCAUGACCAACAGAAACAGCUACUUUACAAACUUUACCGUCAUUAGAAGAUUUAACUUCAAUACCAACCACAGGCUCAUUAGAACUGAACUCCAAAUAAAUGAACCAAAGAAGGCUAGACCGAGACAAGAUUUAGGAAAUACAAAACUCAACGAACAGCAAUUGGAGCAAAUAACAACAGCCCUAAGAACUGAACUAGGAGACUUCAAAGAGAAGACCAAGGAACUAGAAACCCAGGAUAAAUACAACUAUAUAGAGAAUGCUAUCAAAACCCAAAUUAAACUCAUAGCAGAUACUAAAAUUGAUGCAAAAGGAAUACUAUCAACAGCCACUUUAAAUCUCCUAGAAGAAAGAAACCACCUUAUUAACGAAAGAAAUAUUCAAAACAGAAGACAGAAAUUAGCCAAAAGCAGCAAAGAUGUCAAGGAAAGUAUGAGAAAGGAUAGAAAACAACGAAGGAUGCGAACGAUAGAAAAUUACAUUCUGAAAACCGGUGGUAUUAAAAAAGCACUCAAAGAAUUAACAGACACGAAGAACUGGAUCGUAAAAAUGAAGGAUAACCGGGGAAAAUUUAAUCACAACAGAAUUGACAUAUUAAAAACAGCUACGUCAUACUACAAAAACCUUUAUCGAAACAACACUACGCAAGCUGAAAUCAAUCUGGUGGAUACUUUGAACACCCCCAGUAUUCUCAAGGCUGAAGUCAGUAAGGCUAUCGACACUCAAAAGAGAGAGAAAGCACCCGGGCCUGACGGCAUUAGGAAGGUAAAAGAAAAAGAGGCCGACCACAGAAAAGGUGGGACGACGACGUUAGACGAGUGGCGGGAGUCACAUGGAACAGAGUGGCUCAAGAAAGAAAGGAAUGGAAAAGGUUGGAGGAGGCCUUUGCCGACUGGCAAACAGAUCUAG